CAUACGAAUUCAAAAGGAAUACAAAGCUUAGACUGACAGCGGGCUCUACCCGCGAGAAAAACAAGAAAAUAACGAAUGAUUUUCAUAAAUAUACCUGAAUCUGGGAAAUUGCAUUGCAUACAACAAACAAACAACAACCUACUGAAGGCAAUGUUCGUCUAGAAAAGCUUACCGAUGUGAGGAGAAAUACAAAUUACAGCGGUAAAGAAAAAGACCGAGAGAAGGGCCUUUUUGAUCUGGACAAACCCCAAAAGCAACCAACAUCUGUGACGAGGAGGGGAAUUAAAUUAAUAUCAUUGACUAAAACAGGAUAUAUUUGACAAAGUUACAACAAAAACGUUUUGUCUUGGAUUUAAAAUACAUUCGGAUGAAGAAGGAAACCCUGCAUAAUUAUCCACAUGCAGUCAUUUUAGUGGAAAUAUUAAUAUUUUUUUAUCUACCCUCUGUAUCUGCUUUGCCUGUCACGCUGGGGCUGAGGACGGAUUGAACAAGAAAAAGGGAAAUACGCAAAUGUUUUGAAUGGCAGUAGUCAGAAUUCUACGAGUGAAACCAAUGAUGGAUUCUAGAUGAGACCUUUGCUAGAAUUCAGUGUGGAUUUCAGCUCUACGGCAACACGUCUUGGGAAUCCCAACUCGAGAUCAUUUAUGUACAUUGUAACGCUGAAGGAUAAUAUUCAACACUGACAUGAAUCUUGAUGACUAUAUUGCGGAUUUACAGUGAAAACAUAAUAGGAAUCAACUGUCUGAGAGGGCGGCCUGAGUGUCGUGAUUAGUACCACCACUCUGUUCUCACUGAAUGAUCUAUUAUAGCCGAUGGAUAUUUAACACUAAUAACUGAGAUAAAGGCUACGGCUUGGGUUGAUCUUGAUCUUCUGCAGGUUUCAGUGGUUUUAGUCUGCAACUGGCAAUACAAAUGUCACCCAUCUUGAGCAAGGUGUCUUUCUCUUGGCCCAAUCUAGGAAUCUAGAAAUUAUUUAUUAUAUUAAUCCCCCCUCCCCCGAACCUUUGUAUUGGGUUUUUGGGAAGAUGGGUUGUCUGGGCAAUAGUAAAUCCGAAGACCAACGUAAUGAGGAGAAGACACAGAGGGAAGCUAACAAAAAGAUAGAGAAACAGCUUCAAAAAGACAAACAGAUAUACCGAGCUACUCACCGGCUUCUGCUAUUAGGUGCUGGUGAAUCUGGGAAGAGCACGAUAGUCAAACAGAUGCGAAUAUUGCAUGUGAAUGGCUUCAAUGCAGAGGAGAAAAAACAGAAAAUUCAAGACAUUAAAAACAACAUAAAAGAAGCUGUAGAGACUAUAGUGACAGCCAUGAGUACACUGACACCCCCAGUCCGGUUAGCCAACCCAGCACACCAGUUCCGAAUCGAAUACAUCCUAAACCUAGUAAAUCAGAAGGAUUUUGAAUUUACAUCGGAGUUCUAUGAGCAUGCUAAGACCCUAUGGCAAGACGAGGGGGUGAAGGCCUGCUUCGAGAGAUCCAAUGAGUACCAGCUGAUCGACUGUGCACAGUACUUUCUAGAAAAGAUUGAAAUUGUGAAGCAGAGUGACUACUCUCCUACUGAUCAGGACCUGUUGAGAUGCAGAGUACUGACUUCAGGGAUUUUUGAGACAAGAUUCCAAGUAGACAAAGUCAAUUUUCAUAUGUUUGAUGUUGGAGGUCAGAGGGAUGAACGCCGAAAGUGGAUUCAGUGUUUUAAUGAUGUGACAGCCAUUAUCUUUGUGGUAGCCAGUAGCAGCUACAACAUGGUGAUCCGGGAAGACAAUCAGACCAACCGGCUGCAGGAGGCCCUCAACCUCUUCAAGAACAUCUGGAACAACAGGUGGCUACGGACCAUUUCUGUCAUUCUCUUCCUGAACAAACAGGAUCUGCUAGCAGAGAAGGUGCUUGCGGGGAAAUCUAAAAUUGAAGAGUAUUUCCCAGAGUUUGGGCGCUACACUACGCCAGAUGAUGCAACACCAGAGCCAGGGGAGGAUCCUCGUGUCACAAGGGCAAAGUACUUCAUACGUGAUGAGUUUCUGAGGAUCAGCACAGCCAGUGGAGACGGAAGGCACUAUUGUUAUCCCCAUUUCACCUGCGCAGUGGACACUGAAAACAUCCGUCGCGUCUUCAACGACUGUCGAGACAUCAUUCAGAGGAUGCACCUACGACAAUACGAGCUCUUGUGAUGUGAGUGGGAGAAGAGACUCUCAGUGUUCUGCCUAUCCUUGAUCAGUUAGUCCCCUCAUCACUCAACCAGCCCUCCCCUUCCAUCCUGAAAAACAAACACCUUCUCCUGGGGACACUGUGUUUCAAAGUAAGAAAGUGACAGUGCAGCCACAGACUCCUAAACACAGUACUGUACUUGUAACAAGCCAACAGACUCCUAAACACAGUACUGUACUUGUAACAAGCCAACAGACUCCUAAACACAGUACUGUACCUGUAACAAGCUAGGACUGCUGAACACGCCACUGCACUUUGAAACUGUGCUCAGGUCUGCAAUGUGCAAUUCCUCUCUCAUUUUCAGUGUCUCACAUUCAUUCUUUUACUUGAAAAUAUUCCUCACACACACACACACACACACACACACACACACACACACACACACACACACACACACACACACACACACACACACAGUCUUGAGUUACUCUGGCAAGAGAUGUCCUCGAGAGAUGCAGUAUGUACAGUACACUGAAGAAGGCUCUGGGAAGGAAAAAUGGAGGAAUGUAACCAAUAAAGAAGCAGGUUGUGAGCACGUUCUGCCUGGGGAUGGAUGGAUGCAUGUAGAACUGAGUGUGACUCGGACACAAGACUGUCACAUGACUUGCUUUUCUGGAAUCAAUGAGGAGAAAAAUCUAAACAUAUAAUACAUGAAUUCAUGCAUACAGUGAACAUCAUGCAGUGCAAAAAAUCCAAGCUCUAUAUAUAUAUAUAUGUGUGUGUGUGUGUGUGUGUGUGUGUGUGUGUGUGUGUGUGUGUGUGUGUGUGUGUGUGUGUAUAUAUAUAAAUAUGAUAUAUUCCUGUAAUAACACAAGUCAACUUUUAAGUUUUUUAGUUCCCCAUGUUGUGUGUUGGUGUACACUGUGUGCGCGAUCUGCCUUUGUGCACCAUUUAACCCUGUUUCUCCUGUUUCCUACCUCCCAAAUCACCCCGUCUGUUCUUCUUCUCCCUCCCUUCCCGCUGCUACCAGACUCCAGCUCACAAAACAUGGAACUAUUUUCAACACCUGGGGAUUAUAGACCGGCUUUAUUUAACAAGGAAAGAAUAACCACAACACACGGAAAUAAAAAGUUGAGGGAGCAAAGGACAGACAUGGCACGCACGCACGCACGCACUCACACACACACACACACACACACACACACACACACACACACACACACACACACACACACACACACACACCUGUGUCCUGCCCUCAUUACUUACCCCUACACAUCCCUGUGUUAUUCCCUGCCACCUCUCCUCUCCUGUCUCCCAGCCUCCGAGCAUUCAGUAUGUCUGUCUGUCUUUAUUUUACUGCUGGACUAUUAUUCUUGUACAGACUGUAAAAUGUAUUAUUUUGUACAACUUUAUUGGAAAAAAAAUACUUGUAGAAGAUCCCUGUGCCUUGAUCACGACUGUACUUGUAAAAUGAGCUAAGAUGUAAUGUAUGUUUCACUGCGCUGUAUAGCUAGGCAGGCCUCAGCCGCCCCCCGUGCUGGUGCACCCUGGGUAGGGGUGGGGUGAGGGGACGAGGCUGCCAUCUGUUGCUUAGUUACCAUUUUCCCACAUUUGUUUGUCCGUUGAUUCAUUUGUUUUGCUUUACUUUCCUAUGAUUUUAUAUAUAAUAGAAUUUUAGAAGAAAAAUAAGCAGACAUCCCAUCCUAAUGUUUUGUAGUAAAAUAUAUUAAACCCUAACACAAUUUAAUAUAUAUAAAAUAUAUUUCAGAUUGUAUAUUUUAUAUGUAUGUUAUUAUCUAUAGUAUCUCCAUUGUGAGCUCUCCCCAGAUUUUCUUCGUUUUUUGUCACCAACAUCGGCCUACGUUUAAUCUGGGUGUAAUGGGAGGAGCUUAUACUAAUUUGUAUUUCUUUUUUUAAGCUUUAACUCUUUUAAAGGAGAGGAUAAUAUCAAAAUGCAAAACAUCGCUUGUUUCUACAUAAACCAAAUUAUUUUUGCUUAAAAAAAUAAGAAAAAAUGUA